AUGCAUUGUCUAUUUUUCGCUAUUCCAAGACCAAAAAUUCUCUUUCCUUUAAUAAUCUUGGCAUCACUAGGCCUCUUCUUUCUACUAUCAUAUAGCUAUGAACCAGUUACCGGAUACGUAGACACAAUACUCGACAAAAGUGCGGGCAACGACACCGCAAGCAUCGAUGACUUGACUAUAUACUCGGGCCCAAACGUAAACUACUCGAGUAUCGAAGAAGAGACAGACCAAGAGAAGUUUUUGACAUAUUUACCACAUAGUGGGUUUCACUACCAACGCAUUUCGCUCGAGAAUGCGAUAUUUCUCGCGUGGGCGACAAACAGAACAUUGGUGAUUCCGCCCCUUAUCUUCGGUGCUAAAAUCCCAUAUCAAACAUUUUCUUUACUUGCUAAUAGAUUAAGUCUAAUAGGCAAGGAAGUUUUGCCUGAUUGUAGUAAUGAAACUAUUGCCGAGAAAAAAGAAGCUUGCAACACGAAAUACAAUAAAAGUUUCCGUACAUUGGUGAAAUGGGAUCUAGUGAUGGAUCUUUCUUUUACCAAAGAUAAUAUUCGUACAGUGCAUCGAAGCGAUUUCAACCAAUCCGCUCUGUUUCACCUGGUUAACGUAACAGAUACGAAACAAGUGUAUGUUCAAUCGGAUGAGAAACUAUACGACUUUCAAGUUGUUGAUAAUCCCGAUGCCAAUUUAAAUCAGCAUUUUCAAAAUAAAUUGUUCCUUUCUGAUCUUAAAUUACGACGGGAGAAACUUUUGUGUUUUGGGAGUAUUUUUAGCUCGAAGAGAAUUGCCGCGGAGCUAUCGGAAAAUAAAGAUUUCUUUAACCAAGUUCGAAAGCAUAUGAUUAUUGGCAAUCCAAUAAUGCUAGGAGUAGUGGAGAAGAUAGUGGAUGAAUUGGGUGGAUUGGCGAGUUUUGUAGGUGUUUAUGCGAGAAUAGGAGAUGAUAAAACUUUUGAUAACGUCACCACUUCCACGAUAAAAAAUAUCACAAAACAACUGAUCGAUGAAUAUGCUCCAGAAUUGAAAUCUGAUAUCAAAUUAGACGAGGAAGCAACCAAAGACGCAGGAAACAAAGAUCUUUAUGAUAGUUUGGAUGACACUGAGGAAAAUCAAAAUAUUUCCGAAACACCAAUUGAGCGACGUAGCUUUGCUGUUAGUCGGGGUAUUCAAGCAUCUGGUCUUGUAGCUGAUUGUCAAUCAAAAGUUGAACCUACACAAAAUGACAUGCCUAUUAUUUAUAUUGCUACGGAUUUAUCACAUCCACGGGAAGCAUUCAAAGAGAUUUUCUCAGCAUUCCCGUGUGUUUUUGUUCUUAGUGAUUUCAAUGACCAGUUGAAACCAAUCGACUCGAUUCAAAAUCCCUCUGAUAAUACGACACUUGCUCAUUAUUUAUUACCGUUGGUUGAUUUGAAUGUCGUCGCGAGUGGUCAACGAUUUAUUAGCACGGAACGCAAGGUUUCUUCAAAUUAUGCCGCACAUUUACAUCAGAAUUUGGUUGGGCCUGAAUAA